UGUUGUUUUCCCUCUCAGUUUAUCACGUUUGAGUCGAUCCCUGACGUACUUGGUACGAAAAUAACGAGAAAGGAUCGGUUAUUCCAAAUAUGGUUAUAUUGGGCGGUCCUAAAUAAAAUUGCCCAAUGAAAAAUGCCAUAAAAGAUGACAUCAUUUCGAUAAGCUGUCAAGCAGGCCGUAAACAAAAGCCCGUUGCCAGCCACGUGAUCCAAAUCCAGACACUUGAUUCGCCAAUAUUCGCACAUGACGUCAUUGCCUUGUUGUUGUGAUUGUUCAGCGGUCAAAUUCUCGCAUCGAAACACCAGCUUUUUCUUCGAAAACUUGUUCAGAAGUUUGUUUUUAAUGAGCUAGAGUUUCAUAUAUCAAGUGAAAUACGUGUAUUCGUCGAGUGGCUAGUACAAUGUCGAGGAAAAAGAGGAAUUUAACGGAUAAAACCGUCGCUUCUUUGUUGAAUGAUGCAUCGGCGUGCGGUAUGGACGUGCAUGGCUUGACCGAACACUUGGCUGACUACUUCGCGAACCCGACCGAGCCCCUGGCCGCGGGCGAGAGAGGAACUCCUUCUUCUCCUAGGCCUAGCUCCGACUCUGAAUCUGAGUCUGAUGAGUUCGAGGAGGCAGGUCCAGGACCAGCAGAGCCUUGUGAAAGCCGCGAUGAAAGCGGCGAUGAAAGCGAUUGGGUCGAUGAGGCAGAGGAGCCUAUGGAUUUGUCAAGUGACAAUGAAAGCGUCAUACGGAGACCGGGUCCUGUCAUUGAUGACGUGGAGGAGGAGGCGGCAGCGGCUACAAAUCUGGCCCAACAAAUAGAUCUUGAUCUGGAACCGCUGAAGGAUCGCGUGAAUAAAUGCAACUGCCGUAUCUUCAAUGGAAGACGCUGUAUAGAACAAUUCUCUGUAGCCGAACAAGAGUCCAUAAGAUAUUCAACCAAAGAGCUCACGGAGUUCGAAAAGGAUUUACUUCUCCUGGGUAUCAUUUCGUCUUCCAUCAAUGAUGGAAAUAUGACCCAGGGGAAGAAAUCUAAGCCAACGGAGAGGAAAAACACAAGGAUGCGGAAUUUUUGCUAUGGGCAGAAACGGAUCUGUAGAUAUACGUUUUUCUACUUGAUGGAGAUUGGGCCACAGAAGUUUACGAAUCUCAAGAAGUGGUAUGCCAGCAAUGGACUCAUCCCAAGGAGAAAGAAGUCAGGUGAGGUGGUUUUCUUAUCCUUUCACAGAUGAUGAAAUUUAUAAUGAAGUUAACAUUAUUUUAAUUACAUUUAUAUUGAAUUAUUAUUAUCUUCAGGUGUGACUUCAUAAUAAUUUGUAUUAUCAUUUUGUGAUGCAUUUAGUCAUAGUAAAUCUACCAAAGGUUAAUUGCGAUGGUUUUUUUGACAGUUAUUUUCACUACAACUUGACUCAAAACUUGACAUCUAAUCCCUCUACUUACUGUUUCAAUCUAUUCCGACACAAUACUGAUCAUAAUAAAUCUUACUUUUGU